GCACUUUUUUAAAGUAAUGUGAAUGUUGCUGAGAWUAAAUUGUGUUCAGCUGUAAGGCUUCAGAGAAGGUUUAGGAACGUCAAAACUCUGCUGUAAUGGGGCCUUUCGUGUUUUCCGUGUAAAGGAGAAGGAAGCAUCGGAGUGAAACGCUGACCGUCAUGUGUGUCUCUCUGCUGUAGUGUGUGCGCUCUUUGUGUGUGUUUGUGAUGUCGGGUGAUAGCAGAACCCUGUCCUGGAAGAGCAUGUCGCCCACUGGCCAGUCGGGUUCACCCRCUAUGUCUCCCACGGUACCUGUUGGCAGGGAGAACUUCCUGCGAGAGAAGAUCAUCAAAGUGUGUUUCCUGAGCAGCAGUACCAACCUGGGCAAGAACUUCAAAUUGGUCCGCUGUGAGGAUGGCUGGACAGUCAAGAACGUGAUCAGCAUGGUGCUGUCCAGUGGCUGUGUGGGUCCGGAGAUCAAACACACCCUCUGCUACGGCCUCCUUCUCAAACACCUCAAGUCUCCGGAGAUGCACUGGCUKCACCCGGACCUGACCGUGUCUGAACUCACCCAGCGCUACGAGCAGCAGCACCUGGAAGCUGAGUGGAGGUAUGACCUGAGGAUCAGAUACAUCCCGUCAGACUUCAUGGAGGCUUUUGAAGAUGACAGAACCACCAUGCUUUAUUUUUACCAUCAGGUUCGAAGUGAUUAUAUGCAAAAUUAUGCCUCCAAAGUGAGUGAAGGGAUGGCCUUACAGCUUGGCUGUCUGGAAAUAAGGAGAUUCUACAAAGAUAUGAAUCCGAAUGGGCUGGAGAAAAAGUCCAACUUUGAAUUUUUGGAGAAGGACGUAGGGCUGGACCUGUUCUUUCCCAAAGAGCUCAUAAACAGCAUAAAGCCCAAGCAGUUGAGACGGCUAAUCCAGCAGACAUUUCAGAACUACUCGACUUUCCAGCAGGACCAGUGCAUGGUCAGGUUCUUCACCACUUUAUCUCAGUGCUACAGUUUCACACAUGAGAUCUACGCCUGCCAGCUAGUGCACAGCUGGAAUCUUUCCAUAGAAUUGGUCAUUGGCUCAGACGGGAUCAGUCAACAAACUGAGAACUCUACACCAGUCUGUCUAGCCAAGUUUUCUCAGGUCCGAAGCAUCUCCAGCACUUCAGAAAGUGAUGGCCGUGCCCUUCUCACUGUGCACAUAGAGGGAGCCAAACAGCCUCUCGCAGUCAGCACUUCCUCUCUGGCCGUUGCAGAGAACAUGGCCGAUCUGAUCGACGGCUACUGUCGACUAGAAGGAUGCACCAAGAAUUCUCUCAUAAUCGGGCCCGGCAAAGGGAGAGACACACGGCAAAAGCUUCCUGACUUACCACAGUGUGCUGCUUCCAGUUGUUCUUUUAAAAGUUUAAACGCUGAUAUUUAUGCUGAGAUUCCUGAAAACACAGCACUUUAUGAUGAUAAACAUGCGAUCUCCAGAGAUGACAUAGUCGUGGGUCGGAUCCUCGGUGAGGGAUUCUUCGGAGAAGUUCAUGAGGGAGUUUAUAAAAGCCCGAGCGGGGAGAGAAUCAGCGUGGCCAUCAAAACCUGUAAAGACUGCUCAGCUGACGUGAAGGAGAAGUUUCUCAGUGAAGCUGAUCUGAUGAAAAAUCUGGAUCACCCUAACAUCAUACGUCUCAUUGGAGUCAUUGAGGUUGAUCCUGUUUGGAUUGUCAUGGAGCUCUAUGAGCACGGAGAGUUGGGGAACUACCUUGUGGAGCAUCAGUCCACUCUGACAACAUCAAAGUUGACUAAGUUCUGUCUACAAAUCUGCAAAGCCCURGCUUACCUGGAAGGACUCAGCAUGGUGCACAGAGACAUAGCAGUUAGAAAUGUCCUGGUGGCCUCYCCUGAAAGCGUCCGGCUCGGUGACUUUGGUCUGUCUCGUUAUGUCGAUGAACAAGAAUAUUAUAAAGCCACACUUAGUCGAUUACCAAUCAAAUGGAUGGCGCCUGAAUCCAUCAACUUCAGACGUUUCACCACAGCCAGUGAUGUCUGGAUGUUUGGUGUGUGUGUUUGGGAGAUCUUCUCUGUGGCUCAGCAGCCAUUCUUCUGGCUGGAGAACAGGCAGGURAUCAACCAGCUGGAGUCAGGAGUUCGUCUCCACAAACCGCAGCGCUGCCCCCCCACCAUAUACACCCUGCUUACCCGCUGCUGGGCCUAUGAGCCGCAAGGACGGCCUUCCUUCAGGGACCUCGUCUGCUCCUUCAGCGAGAUCCACCGAAUGGAAUUGGAGCAGGAGAAUGAUAUACGGCGAGGAAGAUCCCACUCCGUUCCAUCUAUCUUUGAUCCCAAUCUCAUUGAGCCUCCACCGAAGCCCUCCAGGGUUAAUGUCCACACGCUCUACAAACCCAACCACAGAAAGGGGCCAGAGACUGGUGACAGGUCCAUGUGGGAGAAAGAAAACGUGGAGUACACGUUGCAAAGACAGAGAAGAGAGAUGCUGAUGGACAGAGAGUGGCUGGAGAAGGAGGAGAGACACCUGGACCCUACGGUGCGACUGGAUUCACAAACUAAGCAGCCGUCGGAGAAAAGCCCAGAAAAUGGACCCCCAGAGAAACCCCCAWUGCCCCCCACAGUCUCUCAGCCUCAGCCCACGGCUGAACUGGACCGGUCCGGUGACAAGGUCUACACCGGGGUCAUGGCRAUGGUGARGCAGGUGGUGCAGCUCAAGAAUGAYGUCAACACUYUGCCUGCCUCCGAGUACCCCAACGCAGUCAAGGCAGUGGGAAUCACGCUCCGCAGCCUGAUUCAAAGUGUGGAUGAGAUUCUGCCCUCUCUGCACAGCUCUGUCACCACGGAGAUCGAGGGCACCAAGAAACUGCUGAACAAGGAUUUAGGCGAGCUGAUCAACAAGAUGCGCCUGGCUCAGCAGAACUCAGUCACGUCUCUGAAGGAGGAGUGUCAGAAGCAGAUGCUGGCAGCCGCUCACACCCUGGCGCUCGACUCCAAGAACCUGCUGGACGCUGUGGACCAGGCCCGGGUCAGGGCCAACCUGGCCAAGCCAAAACCCAACUCCCAAGAUGCUGAAGAUUCCAGCAAAUGAAUGCAUUUUAUAAAGGAUGAGCAACUUAAAAAUAUUCCAUUUAUACUGUCUAUUCUUUAUUUUUUAUUAUUAAAGACUGCACAAUAAAAUGUUUCCUUAUGCUUGA